CGCUCACUCUGCAGCAGCAAACAAAGAGGGAGAUGGAAAAGUCCCUGUGCACGUUGGCUGCAGUAGUUUUUCUGGGUGGAUUUUUAGACGCAGCGCGUAGAAACGAUUCAACAGCCGAGAUCAGUUCAUUAUUGAACAACACGAGCGCAGCGGAGUCUGUCACUGCGCAGGCGCAGGAUCGCGCCACAGACCGACCGAGGACGAAGUCGUCCAGAGACAAACAGCUGGACACCAAAAACAUCAGCCGAGACAGUGAAGAAGAAAAGAAGAAGAAAGAAGAAGAAGAUGACAGCAAGACAGAAGAUACGAGAACACAGCUGGACUGCCCCCCUCUCGGCCUGGAGUCCCUGCGGGUCGACGACAACCAGAUCCGGGCUUCUUCCUACCAGCGCAUGGGUCUGGGUCCUCACAGGGGGAGGCUGAAUAUCCAGUCUGGCAUCGGGGACGGCGACCUGUACGACGGAGCCUGGUGUGCACAGUAUAAGGACCGGCACCAGUGGCUGGAGGUGGACGCCAUCCACCUCACCCUGUUCACCGGAGUCAUCCUGCAGGGCCGAAACUCCAUCUGGAGUUGGGACUGGGUCCACACCUACAAAGUCCAGCUGAGCAACGACUCUGUGAGCUGGGAGACCUGCAUGAAUGGGACAGAAGAAGCGAUAUUUGAAGGAAACCAGAAUCCAGAGACCCCGGUGCUCGGACUCCUUCCUGUUCCCACCGCCGCCCGCUUCCUCCGCAUCAACCCUCAGACCUGGUACGUCAACGGCACCGUGUGCCUCAGGGCCGAGAUACUCGGCUGUCGAGUCGACGGUCCAACAAACAGUUUCUACUCGGAGGAAGAACCGGGAUCAGAAGACGCUCUGGACUUCAGACAGCACAACUACAAAGAGAUGAGAAAGCUCAUGAAGGCUGUGACGGAGAAGUGUCCGGACAUCACCCGCAUCUACACUAUCGGGAAGAGCUACCUGGGCCUCAAACUCUACGUCAUGGAGAUCUCAGACAACCCCGGCAAACACGAACUAGGGGAGCCUGAGUUUCGCUACGUGGCCGGGAUGCACGGGAACGAGGCUCUGGGCCGAGAGCUCGUCCUCAACCUCAUGCAGUACUUGUGCAGAGAAUACAAGAAAGGCAACCAGCGCAUAGUUCGGCUGGUGACCGAGACUCGAAUCCACCUCCUGCCCUCCAUGAACCCUGAUGGAUACGAAGAGGCUUAUGAGAAGGGCUCUGAACUGGCCGGCUGGGCCGAAGGACGAUACAACUUUGAAGGAAUCGACCUGAAUCACAACUUUCCAGACCUGAACAACAUCAUGUGGGACACCCAAGAGAUGGCGGCAGAUAAAUCUAAAGUCCCCAACCACUACAUCCCCAUCCCAGAGUACUACACUCAGGAAGACGCCAUGGUUGCACCAGUGACGCGAGCCGUCAUCAACUGGAUGCAGGACAUCCCCUUCGUGCUCAGUGCAAACCUCCACGGGGGAGAACUGGUGGUCACGUACCCCUACGACUGCACCCGGGACUGGGCCCCUCAGGAGGACACCCCCACGGCGGACAACGCUUUCUUCCGCUGGCUGGCCACCGUCUACGCCUCGACUAACCUGGUGAUGUCCAACCCCAACCGCCGCAUCUGCCACUACGAGGACUUCCAGGCACACAACAACAUCAUCAACGGCGGAGCCUGGCACACCGUCCCCGGCAGUAUGAAUGACUUCAGUUACCUGCACAACAACUGUUUCGAGGUGACAGUGGAGUUGUCCUGUGACAAGUUCCCUCAUGUCAGUGAGCUUCCCAUCGAGUGGGAGAACAACAAGGAGUCCCUUCUGAUUUACAUGGAGCAGGUUCACAGAGGCAUCAAGGGUGUGGUCAGGGACAAGACGACCAAACAGGGAAUAGAAGAUGCUAUCGUCAGGGUGGAGGACCACGAACAUGACAUCCGAUCGGCUGCCGACGGGGACUACUGGCGUCUACUGAACCCGGGCGACUACAAAGUGAUGGUUUGGGCCCAGGGUUACUACCCGUCCAUGCGCCGGUGCCGCGUUGGAAGGGAGCCACAUGCCACCAUCUGUGACUUCGGCCUGACCAAAACGCCCACUCAGAGGCUGAAUGAGAUCCAGACCAAAGGAGGGAAGAUCCCCCAGGACCUGCAGCUGCGUCUUCGCGCUCUGAGGCUCCGCAUGCUUCGCGCCAGCACCAAGGUCCUCAACCAGCGCAGGGAGCGGCUGCAGCGAGCGAGGAGAGCCUGGUCCUCCGGAGGCCAGAGAGCAUUUAGCACGAGGCGCUGAAGAAGUCUCAGAGAUGAGCUGGGUUAUAGGUUCAGGAAGUUCAGUUUAAACGGAGAAUAGUCUCUGGGAAUAGUGAUGUGUUCCUACUAGAGAGCAUACCAUUAAAGGGUCAAUUCACCCAAUUCAAAUAGCCCCAGAUAUAUAAAUAUCUGCCCCUGAGAUGUUGUAUGUGCUCAUCACAACUUUAAUUAUUAAAGAAAAACACAGCAACGUAUUUGGGUGUAUUGACCCUUUAAGGCAGAUUAAACCACAAUCGUCACACAAACUCUUAAAGACAUUGACAGCAUAUUUAAAAAGCAGGUUUUAUACACAACAAACAACAAAAAAAGACACAAACUGAAUAACUUCUAAAAAAAAAGGUACAGAAACGUUUUGAAGGAUUAUGGACAUCUUCACAUGUAUAGACAGGCAUCAUUUAAUGUUAAAGUUAAAAUUCACUUGUGUUUUUGUUUGUUUUUUGUACAUGAAGUGUUUCAUUCAACAUCAUAGCUGAUGAUGCUGUGACAGUGUUUGUUGACGACUGAGUGCGAGUGUCAGCUGGUCUGAUGUGUGACAUCUUUUUUCUAACAGUGUGUCUGUUCUUGUUUGUUUGACUUAAGUCCAACAGGACCAAAAAAAUCUCAAAUAAAUAUUACUUAUUUGUCUUAAUCUAUAUUCUAGAGUCUAAAUCGGAAACAAGGGUGAAGAAUAGUAGAAGAAGCUGACGGAACAGAGGUUUCCAAGCCGGGGGGUUCGGACCCCUCAAUGGGUCAUAAAAUAAAAAUGAAGGGUGACAAGAUGAUUGACAUAAAGAAGAGGAAACAAGACAAAGUGCUAAUGCAGAUAUAAUCCAGUAUGUCUGCAUACAAACGGCCACCUCAUGGUUUGAUUUUGACCCGUUC